GGGAGCGGGCGGUGUUGGUGCGUGCCGAGGUAGGAGCGCGCAGCCGUGAGGGGAAGCCGGAGCCCGGUAUGGGGUUGCUGACGGCGCUGGCCCGCGGGCUGGUGCGGGGCGCCGACCGCAUGUCCCCGUUCACCAGCAAGCGCGGCCCCCGCAGCUACAACAAGGGCCGAGGGGCCAAGAAGCUGGGCGUGCUCACCUCCAACAAGAAGUUCAUCCUCAUCAAGGAGAUGGUGCCCGAGUUCAUCGUCCCCGAUCUGGAGGGCUUCAAGCUCAAGCCCUACGUCUCGUACCGCGCCCCCGAGGGCUCCGAGCCGCCCAUGACGGCCAAGCAGCUCUUCACCGACGUGGUAGCUCCGCGCAUCGAGAAGGACGUGAAGGACGGUGUUUUUGACCCCAAUAACCUGGAGAAGUACGGCUUCGAGCCGACGCAGGAGGGCAAGCUCUUCCAGCUCUUCCCCAAGAACUACGUGCGGUAGGGAGCAAGCAACCGGGCUCCGGGGCUCCCGUGGCACCUCCGGCUCGCUGGGAAGAGCGUCGCUGGUGACUCAGACGUGACCCGCACCAGCAACUACAGGACGGUUUCUGUCACUGGCUAUUAAAAACAAAUCUUCCCA